AUUGUCUGCGAACCCUUGACCUCACACACCGAUGCAGAUCACUCAGGGAGUCGGUCACACUCCAUUGGAAGAGCCUCUCCUGCCUCAGCAAAGAAAUGACACAGCCUGUCUCUCAUCAAAGCUCUUAGUCGUAUAGCAUACAGCCGGUGCAGACAUUCUGCCGCGUGAAGCCGUGGAGAGCGCUGUCCGGAGAAACCUCUUUGGUCGGAGCGUUGCGAACACACAACAGCACUCACAUCUGACAUUCAUCGCAGCUCGUCUCCAGCAUUAAACAGGGCUUGUUGUGCCCGGCCAUAGCCAUGCACUCUCAUCACUCUCACUCGGGGCAAUUCUGUGCCCACGCUGAAGCAGGAUGUACGCCUCGAAUGAUGCUGGAUCGGGCCAAACUUUUGGGAUUCACGCGCUACAACCUGACGGAGCACAUUCCUCGUAGGAAGCAGAGUCAGCUGUACCCAGAAGAGACAGAAGCUGGUCUGGACCCACAAAAGCUAGCACAACGCUUCGAAGAGUAUCUCUCGGAGGCGCGAAAGAUACAGCAAGAGAAGGGUCGGAGCGUGCUUGUAGGAGCAGAGACAGAAAACAUUCAAGCUGCAGAAGGUCAGAGUUGCUUACAAAAGAACACGGACCUGAGCGGCAUACACGAUCUCAUCGCCGUUCUUGAGGCUGAUCAUGGCACCGAGCAGCUCGCCGGCAGCUCUGAGAAAAGGCCUGGCUCGGUGGGCAAGGGUCGCGUCGACUACCUGGUUGGCGGGGUUCAUCACGUCGGGAGCAUCCCUAUCGACUUCGACGUGCCGACCUUUGAACGAGCUUUACGGGUCUUCGGCUGGGAUGGCGUGGCUGAUUCUCACCUUUCAAGCAGCUCUUCCAAGCGACUCGCUCACUUGAGACUAGCCGCUCACUACCUCGAUCAGCAGUACGACCUGUUAAAGCAUGUUAGACCGGAAGUCAUCGCUCAUUUCGACCUUUGCAGGCUCUGGGAUCACACCUUGCCCCUUGCUCAGGAGCAACAUCGAAAUGCUGGUGACGCGCUCGAACUUGGGCCAAAUGUAGUAGACUCAUACAAGCUCGAGCAGCUGGUUGAUGAGCGCACGAGACGCAAUGUGGCGUUUGCGAUCUCGUAUGGGGCACUGUUCGAGGUGUCGGGCGCAGCGGUGCGCAAAGGAUGGCCGACGCCCUACCCAGGCCUAGAGGUUUUGAAGCUCGUGGUCUCGCUUGGCGGCAGACUCUGCCUAUCAGACGAUGCUCACUCUUUGGCACAGAUAGGACACUCGUUCCAGGCGGUCAAGGCGCAUCUCGACAGCGUGCCAGGCGCGUGGAACUCUCUACAUUACCUCACCUGGAAUGAGGAUGAACAGCCCGCGCUCUCGCAUGAAGAAGGUCAAGCUCAGGACUCGCAAAGAGAAGCACGAGAACACUACUUGUUUGCGAAGGCGGUCGGCAAAGAGGUCGGCAACAGAUUCGACGACCCACCCGAGAUUUUUGAGAGAGGCACUCGAGCCGUAAAACCAUCGGGACCGAGCACUGAUGCAGUGUUCUGGGUGGAGCUGGAGCAGAGGAGACAAAGGCUGAAUGAUGCACUGAGCUCGAAACGAGCAGGUGGCUAAUAGAUGAAUUGCAC